ACUCAAUAAUAAAAAUCAGCUGAUGGUUUAAUAGUGCACUAAAAGUAAACAAAACAGAACUUUUAAUUAAUUUUCCUCAUAAUUUCUCCUGUAGCCGCCAAUAUUCAUCCGUUUUAUAAAUAUUUAUUACCGGAAUAAACAAGUAUGACGCACGUCGGUACGCCAGCCGCCACUCCUUAACAGGACAUCAAUACCACUUUUAUUCCAAUAAAACUCCCUUGUUGGAUAUCAAGAAGUCAAAGGUUACAACCAGCUUGAGUUAAAAUGGCCCCAUCGAAGCUAUUCAAGGUAAAGUCGGACUCACAAAAUGCCAGUACGAAAAAGGGAAAAUUUCUAUCCACCGAGCCGAGCUUUGAGUUCGCCACCAAACUACUCGGGAACUUAAAUCUGUUGAGGCGAGACCAAAAGUUCUGUGAUGUAGAUAUUAAGUUGGGAAACACAAUAUUUAAGGCGCACAGAGCAAUCCUCUCAGCGAGCAGCCCAUACUUCCACGCAAUGUUCACCGGAGAACUGUGUGAAAAGAACCAAAAAUGCGUGGAAUUGCAUGGGGUACAUCCAGAAACCUUCGAACUAAUCCUGGACUUUAUGUAUUCCGGAAUCGUAACCGUAACCAAAGAAAACGUCGAAGACUUAGUGAUAACUGCGGAUAUGUUCGAGUUUGUCGAAAUAAUCACAAAAUGCACCUACUUCUUAAUCGAUCAGCUGCACGAGACUAAUGCCAUAGGAAUUUAUUUGUUUGCCAGAGACCAUAACAUCCUGGAACUAAAAGUGUCUGCCAUAAGGUUCAUCGAGGAGUAUUUCCCAAAAGUGGCCAAAGAGGAGGAGAUUUACGACUUGGACAGGGACACUUUUACCAACUUUAUGGCCUCGGAAUAUUUAAAAAUCGAUUCCGAAUGCGAGAUGUUUUUGGCCGCGAUGAAAUGGAUCAACCACGACAUCGCCAAUAGGAAACAAUACGUUUUUGAUGUAUUAAAAAAAGUCAGAUUGCCACUGAUAUCGUUUACUUUUUUGGAAAGGGCCAUAAACGAGUGUCCGGACUCAAGUUUGAAAAUCGCCCUAAAAUCGGUGCACGGGGACAUGCUGAACCAAAAGGGGGCCCUGGUGCCUCUCAACGUGAAACCGAGAAAAUGUGCCAAAAAGGAUAUUUACGUUAUAGGCGGGUCCAAAAGGGAAUUGCAUAGCGUUUGGGACAGGGGUCUCGAAAUGGAUUAUGUUAGUAUCGAGAAAUUUGAUACUUUUACCAGAAAAUGGACCAAAGUACCAGACAUGCGCGUGAACCGUUUAGUACCAGGAGUGGCCUCCCUUAACGGUUACAUUUACGUCGUAGGCGGAGAAGAAGACUCCAAUAUUCUAUCCAGCUGUGAACGGUACGAUCCGGUGACGAAAAUCUGGACCGAAGUCGCCAGUAUGCUGAUAUCCAGAUGCGAAUUCGGUCUGUGCGCUUUGGACGGUUUCCUGUACGCUAUAGGCGGUUGGGUGGAUACGGAUAUUAGCGGUUCGAUUGAGAGAUACAAUCCCACUCAGGAUAGUUGGGAAGUAGUCGGGAAUUUACCGGAGCCCAGGUUUAGUAUGGGAUUGGUGUCUUAUGAAGGGUUAAUUUAUAUGGUGGGAGGAUGCUCUUUGAACCAACGAAACAUGCAGGAUCUGAUGAGUUACAAUCCGGUGAGCAAGGAGUGGCAAAAGUUGCCCUGUAUGUCGGUCGCACGGUUCCAAAUGGGCGUGGCCGUCCUGGACGACUAUUUGUACGUGGUGGGCGGUACCCAUAGGCAGCAGGUUCUCAGUUCGGUGGAAAGGUAUUCGUUUAAAAAGAAUAAAUGGGAGACGGUGCCCAGUAUGAAAAUGGAACGUAGCGGACCAGCUGUUUCGGCUAUAGAUGGUUUUUUGUAUGUUAUAGGUGGAUCCCAGACCCACGCGACCCCAUUCUACAGCGCCCAAUGCACCAUAUCGGCGGUCGAAUGUUACGACCCGUAUAAAAACACGUGGUCCGACUGUCCGCCCCUUUCGGAAACGAGGGCGGAAGCGGGGGCGGUCGUUAUAUGAUCUCUACAAACCGUCAAAUAAAUUUAAAAAAAAAAUGACACAAAUACAUCUCCCUCGCACACACACACACGCAAAAAAUUAAACAAAUAAAGGCGAAGGUUCAACAGGUAACAAUAAGGUUUCCCAAUUUUGUUUUUUUUUUGUACUUUUUUUACAUCCAUUGGGUAGUACAAACUGUGCAUCGAACGUGUAAUCAAUCGUAUGUUAGACAAAUACUCAUUAGGGUACUAAGCUUUAGUAUAUAGUAUGGAAAAAAUGUGUUAUAAAGUAGGUCAGGGGUGUUGUUAUAUUUUUUGUUGGCAAAAGGUGAACCAGAAAGGGUUUUUCUAAGGGUACUUUAUACCACUGUUAUAUAGUAGCAAUUUUAGACAAAGCAGGAAUUAUUACUCCUUUUUAUGGGGUUAAACGUUCCUUUAAUAAACCAGCUACUUUCUUCUAGGUACCAAGAUAAGACCCGAGAAGGUUUUGAUGAAGUAAUUUUUGAUUUAUUCCAGGCAUUUGAAGACAUAAUUGAUUUCUUCCAGGAAGUUGAUGUUACUUUUGAUUUUUGCGGAACAAAAUGCUCCAACUCAAGGGUUUUUGGGAAGUACCUUCAAAUGCCCGGAAAAAAUUAAUAUGUCAUUGGAAAACCCCCAAAGCUGACUUCAGCUGCUUGGAAGUAGCCCAAAAUGGCCUCACUUACCUGGAAAGAACCGAUAGCAACUGCUUGAAAACAUGAGAAAUUACUUGGAAAGCAUCAGAAAUUGUAUCAACUAUUUGGAAAAAUCCAAAAAUGGCUUCAUCAACUGCCUAGAAUAAAUGAUAAAUUACUCACAAAACAUUAUGAUAAAAUUAUUCUAGGAAGGUGGUUCUUGCUGUAAUAUUCUUGGUAUAUUUUGAAAACAGCCCGUAUUAUACCUCUGACCUUAGUAUAGUCUAGUCCAUGUUUUUUAGAAUAUUUUUUACCAAAGAACUAUUGUCCGUUAACUGACUUCACUUAUUAUUUAUUGCGGCAUUAAUAAAAACCAUUUAUAAAACGUAUUGUUGAAUAAUAUAAUAAAAAAACUACUUAAAAAAAAA